AUGGCCAUUGACGAGUUUCACGACCCCGAGCCCCAGCAGUCUGUCUACUCGGAUGACCAGGUAGCGGCAUGGCUUCGGCGCAUCUCGCUGCCAGCGCAGUACGCCCAAUACAUCAGCACGCCAUCUGCCAUUCCCAAGACCGAAGAGUGUCUUCGCAUCCUGUUCCGCUGCCAAAUUACCACGUUUCCCUAUGAGAACCUCACUGUCCACUACUCGCCGACGCACCGCGUCGAUAUUAACCCCAGGUCGCUCUACUCCAAGAUGAUGGAGCCGCCGCACAACGGUCGAGGCGGCUACUGCAUGGAAUUGAGCAUCUUCUUUCAUCACAUGCUGCGGGGUUUGGGAUUCCACGUCUACAUGACGGGGGUGCGCAACCGCACGAGGACCGACGGCGAACCCCGGGGCGAAUAUCAGGGCUGGUGA